AUGAAUGGUUGGCUUGUGAGGACUUCCCAGCAUUAUAACGGGAACUUUUCAAACAGGCUUCCAGAUGUACAAUUUGGAGUGUGGCUGGUUUUGGUGGGGGGUGCUAGAGCUUGCCUCAGUUCAUUGUCUACACCAUCGCAGGCAGAGGACAGCACAGCCCUAUUGGUAAAGGGUAAUGGUGGCAGUCCUCUGGUGUGUCCCAGCAGGAACAACCCCAACGUGUACGUGCAAGCUGGCAUCGUAGUUUGGGCAUUGACUGUGGCACUGAGACUCCAGGUGUCUAUGUUAACGUCCCUAACUUCAUUGACUGGAUAAAAAAACAACUUGCGGGAUCGAGACAUCUUCCUCGACUUCUAGAGGCUGUCAGCAUGACAACUGGACUAUAGAAACGUUGUGAGGAGGACGGAACUGCUCGAACGAACAUAAUGGUUAUUCCUUGUUGCUGUGACUAUCUGCGUCAGAUUAUUGUUGCCCUACGUCAUUUGUAGUAACUUAGUUGAACGUUGCAGAAAUCAUUACGUUUUAUUGUUAUAAAAUAAACUUAUAUACAAACACAUUACGUUAAUUAUGUAAAUUAAAUAUUUAUGCAUAUUACAUUGAAUCACCACAGUACUUCUUGGUAAAACAAUGUAUUUGUCUAACUAU